AGAGUGGGUGUGUGCUCGCGGGCAUCGGCACAUGAUGACAUGGGGCGGCAUCCUGUGCCUCAACGCCGACCGCUCCUUCCCCAUGUUCACACACCUGCCGCACGUGCUGCGACACGGGGAGCUGCCGCCAGAAUCCAAGCAGUCGAUUCCGGACAUCCUGACCACAUUUGGCAGUGACGUGGCCGCAGCGGAAUUCUUCGCCGAGGGCAUGACGGGGGCCAGCCUGGGCAAUUUCAACCUGCUCGCCCGCAGCUUCCCCUUUGCCCGCUACACAAGCCUGGGCGACCUGGGCGGCAGCUCGGGCUGCCUGGCCUGCUGUGUGGCGGCGGCGCACCCGCACCUCACCGCCACCACCUACGACCUGGCGCCGGUGCACGCCGCGGCGGAGCGGCACGUGCGGGCGCAGGGCCUGGAGGGGCGCGUGCAGGUGGUGGACUACGACUUCUUCUCGCCCGCCGCCGUGCCGGGCCGCCACGACGUCAUCGCGCUGGGCAUGGUGCUGCACGACUGGGGACUGCCGCGCAAGAUGCAGCUGCUGCGGAAGGCCUACGCGGCGCUGCCUCCCGGCGGCGCGCUCAUCGCCAUCGACCACCUGGUGGACUGUCGCCGCGCGGGCAGCCCGCUGCAGCUGGGCAUGAGCCUCACAAUGCUGCUGGAGUUCGGCGCGGCGGAGAGCGCCUUCGACUACAGCUAUGAGGAGUUUUGCGGCUGGGUGCGGGAGGUGGGCUUCAGCUCCACGCAGCUAAUCGAUCUUGUGGGCACGGCCAAGGCGGCGGUGGCGUACAAAUAGUAGUUAUUGCGAUUUUAAAGCAUGCCGAUAAUAGUUCUCCAUCGUAGCAACUCGUCGUGAGAUUUGCGUGGGGAUGCAUGGAUGGGCGGACUGUCCCUUCUUGUAAUGUCGCAUUGAUGGAUGGUGCAGCUGCUGUUAGCGACGAGUCAGUGGCGAAUGGUGCCUAUGUGUGUGUGUGUGUGGGGGGGGGGGGUAGAUACCAGCCCAAUCUAAACCGGACCAAAUGCAAUAGGGCGAGGAGGAGAGCGCAGGGGGGAGGGGGUGAUGUAUGGCAGUGGUGAUGCUGGUGAAUGGCAAUAGGUGGUGCUGGUGAUGGAUGAUGCGAGGUAGAGUUGGUAAUAAUGAAGCUGGCAAGCUGUGUCUGGGGCAACGGGGAUUGGUGUCACUCGACUGUUAUAUAAAUACGGUGGACUGCGCAGCGCCAGCUGUGUCUGGGGCAACGGCAGCAUGACAAGGAAAGCGGAGACGCGGAGGCUGGAUGGUGUGUGAUGGAGUGAACGAAAGGAA